CGGCCAUCUAUAACCAACCAAUUACAAUAGAAACUCUACUGACAGCUACCCAAUGACAACUGCUGUUUUAUGUAGGCCUGCUGCAGCGUUUACUGGGCUGCUUGAGGAAUGUAAACUAUUCAACAUGGAGACCACAGUCAAUAAGCUAGAAGCGAUGUUUGAGAAGGCAGAAGCAGAUCUGGAUUAUAUCAAGCAAAAGCUGGAGUUUGAAAUAGUGCGAAAUCUUCCUGAUGAGGGAAAAAGAAAGGAAAAUCCCAUCAUGAUAUUGGAGCAGUUAAAUGUUAUUAAAUCUCGUCAUAAAGCAUUAUGUAAGCAGAUGGAAAAAAUAUCAGCAGAGCAGAAAGAAUGCACGGAAGUUAUUCGGUCUACUCUGAGCAGCACAGAAAAGAUGCUCCAGGAUUUAAAUCAACUGUCCUGCUUGGAGGCUUCACCACUGUCUGAUCAAGAGCAAGAAGCUGCUCGGUUGAUGAACUGCCAGUCAUUGAUUGCAGAAGACCACAAUGAGGUGAACUCUGAGCCAGCUGUUCAGCCUUUACAAAGUUCAGAGUCAGCUUUUGAACCACUCACUGAAGAAAUGUUUGAUUCUGUACCCAAGACUAUUCGAGCUUCAGUUAAAAUUACAGAUUUAAACAUAUUUUAUAGGCAGCUGUUUGAGUACUUCAUCUUAAACAAUAACAGAACUGCCUUGAGUGUGAUGCAGAUGUCCAAAAUGAGCAUGAAAGUUACAGAUGCUAAAAUUAAAAUACUGAAACACCUUUCCAUCAUCGAACUCAAUAAGAAAGGCCAUAUAAGACUUUCAAGACUUACAGAAUGAAAAUAAGUGGGAGAUAAGAGUUAUUUGAUGGAUGAUUACUGGCAUCUCCAUUUUCCUGAUUCUGUGUGUGCUUGUUAGAUUUUCACCAUCAUGUUGCUCCUUCAUGACUAAG